AUGCUACUGCUUCGGCAAUUGCAAGCCUGCAUCCUCGUCCGUCUCGUCCGCCUCGUCCUCGCCGGCGAAGGCCCCAAUUGCACCGUCAAGUGCACCACCGACCACGAGCACACACACAGUCUCUACAUCUGCCUUGUCUUCAAGUACCGCGUCGUCUUCCACUAUCUCGUCCCAGGCCAUGAGCGCAUCGCUCGCGGACCCUAUCUCAUCUUCUUCAUCCACAAUAUCGUCGGUAGAAAGCAUGUACCCAGUGCCCUUCACAACAAGCUGGCCCUCGAGAUCGUUUCUGCGCCUGGCCAGCCUCUAGCCUCGCCCGCAACGUCAGAGGUCACCACCUCAACGGACGCUAUCACCAGCUCCUCAAGCGUCUUGGCUACCCUUGCAGAGUCGCCUACCACUACUGCCGAGCUUUUGAGCACAGCUACAGCCCCGCUCGCUACAUCGGAGGUCGCUUCCUCGCAAGCCGAGAUUGUCUCUCCCGUCGCAUCAAUUACCGUGCUCGAGACGUCUGUCGAGCCGACCACCACACCUACACCCACGCCCACGCCCACGGCCACGCCAGCAUCCACUGAAUCCCGGGUUGUACCGAUGGAAAUCGAGACCGAGACCAUUUCCUCCACCGUUGCCCCCGUGAUCAGCGCGUCGCCAUCGUCGGAGCUUGUCGCAUCCUCCGAAACCACCCCCACACCAACCCAAGAGACCGCAACGAGCUCAGUGGCCGAGACGCCGUCGCCACUCCCGGAGAUACUCGCUUCCUCGUCCCCAGCGACUUCGAGCGUCGCGACAUUCACCACGUCGGCCCCAGCGACCUGCAACACGCUCGCCGCGAGUUACAAUCCAUCUUUCGAAAGCGGAGCCAUCGCACCCUGGACCAAUACCUACGCCACCAAUACUUUGUACGGCAAGACCGAGGUUCUUUCCGCUGAUGUGGCACCCUUCGCGCCGCUCGACGGAUCACAUGCGCUUUACACCACGUUGACCAAUCGGUACACGCAAGCCCAGAAUUGGAGGUUCACGCUCCAAGACGUCUACAUUCCAGCUGGCAGCAACUACAACUGCACGGUCGGAUUCAAGAUAGUCCAAAACGACAAUCGCGCAGGAUACGUCGUGCAAGUCGCUCUGUUCAUCGACAAUCAAGUUGUGAACUAUGUGCAGAACGGUGUAUCGAACGGUGUGUUCGUGGGCAUGUCGACAGGUCCAGAGGCGGCUCUUUGGAAGACGAUAGGCGGUUCUGGAGUCGCGAACGCGCAAGACCAGCAUACGGUUAUAGUUCGCGUCCUCUUCAACAAUGCUGUUAAUCUUGCUGAGGGAACGACUUUCGCGAUCGAUAACCUGCAGUGCUUCCCGACGGGGCAAUGCGCAAUGUAG